AUGCUCAGCACUUCGAAGCGCAACGCCCAGCGUGAGGGCCAGUCUGGUGGUGCCUCUUCUGCCACUCGGUCUGCUGCCCAUCUUUCGCUUGCCCGCUUCGAUGGUAACCGCGAUCCCGUUCCUGCCGGUCCUGCCGCUCAGGUGAUCCCUGGUAUCUCCAACAACGUCAAGAACAUCGAUCUUGGCGGCACCAUGUGGACCGACGCUCGCGGCGCUCGUCACGCCUUCCAGGGUCGCCAGCCUGCUUCCAAGCUCGGCAGAGAGGUCAACAUUCAGUUGAACGCCUUCCCUGUCACUCGUCUCCCUGAGAAGCCCAUCUACCAAUAUCAAGUUCAGGUCGGUACUGGUGCUGAGAAGCGCGGCUUGAUCAGGGCUGUCUGGAACAGCAAGACCACCAAGGACAACCUCCCCGAUGCAGGUGCACGCUGGAUCUUUGAUGGAAACAGUCUUGCCUGGUCUCUCGACAAAUACAACGAGAUCCGCUUCAACGUCGAUCUCGACAAGGAGCCUGGUCACAAGGCUCGCCCUGGCCGUAGUGACACUCAUCGCGUCGUCAUCCAGCCUACCGCUGUCAUUGACUUCACCCCUUUGAACGCUUACCUUAGCGGUACUGCUACUUACGACGCCAAGAUCCUCCCGGCUAUCACUGUACUUGAUCACAUUAUGCGUGAGAGCCCUUCCAACUCCAACCGUUUCAUCUCAAUCAAGCGCUCCUUCUUCGCUGCGGCUUCUCAGCGCAACGCCCUUGGUGGUCAUGUUGAACACACCACUGGUGUUUAUCAGUCUCUCCGUAUUGCACAUCACCCUGGUGGUCACCGUCUUGUCGUCAAUGCCGACGUGGCCAACGGAACCUUCUGGCAAUCUGGUCCUCUCUCCAGAGCCGUUGUGGCUGUUACGAGACUCAACAACGAGUCUGAGAUUCAGCGAUUGCUCGCUCCCAACAACCCCAAGUUCUACGACCUUCGCCGUCUGAAGAAGCUUCGUGUCGUCGCCGCUCAUCGCAAGGGCGCUGAGGACAAAUACGUUAUCGACUCUAUCUUGAGACAGGACUCAUCCCACCAAUUGAGAUUCAAGGACGGCAGCGUUCAGACUGUUGCCCAAUUCUUCCAGACUACCCACAACAUUCGCCUUAGUCAUCCUAACUGGCCCGUUGUCCAGAUGACUAAGAAGGCUGUCCUCCCUUUGGAACUUCUGAAGCUCGAGGACAACCAGCGCUACACCUUCAAGCUCGAUGAGGUUCAGACCUCUUCCAUGAUCAAGAGGGCUGUCACUCCUCCCAGCACGCGUUGGGCCGCCAUCAAGGCCGGUGUUGACAUGAUCAACUGGACCACGGACCCUGUUAUCCAGGAGUUCGGCAUGUCCAUCGAGCAGAAACCUAUCAUUGCUAAGGCCCGUCUGUUGCAAAACCCCAAGCUGCAGUUCGGUGGUACUGGUGGCACCUCUCAGGCUGAUCCCAAGACCAGUGGCCGUUGGGACCUCAAGGGCAAGAAGUUUGCAUCUGUCCCUCCGACUAACUUUCUCGCAAGCCAAACCUGGGGAGUUUGCGUGGUGCCUGCCAGAUUCCAGGCUGAUAGGGCUGCGAUUGAGAGGUUCGUCAAGACCUUUGUCCAAACCUAUGGUGCUCACGGCGCAUCGCUUCCUCCUACGAUGAUGAACCCUGCCAUUCACUACCCUUCAAAUGCCGAUCCUGCUGUCUUUGCGCAGGAGACUUGGAUUGCUGCCGGUAACAAGCAUAAGCAGAAGCCUUCGAUUCUCAUGUUCAUUCUCAUGGACAAGAACAGCACUACAUACGGCAAGAUCAAGCGCUACUGCGAAUGCAAGCUGGGUAUCCCUUCCCAGUGCGUCCAGUACGCCCAUGUCCAGAAGGCCCAGGCUCAGUACAUCUCCAACGUCUUGAUGAAGUUUAACGCCAAGUUGGGCGGUUUCACCAACACUGCUUUUGGCCAAGUGACUCAGAAGACCCCUAUUCUCGACAACACCACUGUGGUGAUUGGCGCCGAUGUCUCCCACUCUGCUNNCCCCGGUCUGAAGGGCCCUUCCAUGGCUGCCAUGACUGUCUCGAUGAACGUUCAGGCCACCCGCUACGCUGCUGCUGUCGAGACCAACGGUUUCCGUGUCGAGAUGAUCACCGAUGAGAACAUCGAGAAGCACAUUAUGACGCUUAUCAAGCAGGGCUGGUGCAACAAGGUUGGCCAAGGUAGACCUCCUGCUACCGUUGUCUACUUCCGCGAUGGUGUCUCUGAGGGCCAGUUCGCCCAAGUCAUCGACAAGGAAGUCGCUGCCAUGAAGAGAGCCUUCGCCAAGGGCAACGUUACUCCCAAGUUCUUGGUUAUCAUCGCAUCCAAGCGCCACCACGUCCGUUUCUUCCCUCAGAGUGGUGGUGACAAGAACAACAACGCCCUUCCCGGCACUCUUGUCGAGACCGGAGUCACCCAGCCAUACGAGAACGACUUCUACCUGUGCGCCCACGCUGCUAUCAAGGGUACUGCUCGCCCUGUCCACUACAACGUUCUUCUGAACGAGCCCCAGUGGGCCAAUGAGAAGAUCCAGACUCUCAUCUACGAGCACUCGUACCAGUACAUCCGUGCCACUACCCCAGUCUCGAUCUUCCCCGCUGUCUACUACGCCCACAUCGCCUCUCUGCGUGGUGUUCACCACAGCAAGAGCUUCGGUGUCGUCGACGACCAGACCAGCGCUCACGACAGCAACGCCACCGAUGUGCCUGUCUUCCCACCUCUUCUUCCCAUGGUUAACCCUGGAGUCAUGAACCCCGGCAUGUGGUACAUCUAA